AACAGUCCUGUAUAAAGUUUGUGUGAAUUUACUGAACUUAAAACACCCCUCCCCCUUCCACAGCCCUCGCCUAGGUGACUUUGCGCCGGACAGUUUCGUUUGGCGAGCUAUACUUCAAAGAAAACAAAUUUAAUGCAUCUGGGCUAAAUCGAUUCCCUGAUUAUUCAUGAAAACAACAGGGUGCAUUAUUAUUCCCUAGUGUGUUACGACACUAACUAUUAAUUUUUUGUUUUCUUUUCAACCCCUGAAAAGUUUUUAGUUAUCCUAGUUUGUCUUAUCUGCCUUUCUUUUUAUUCCCGUAGUGAUAUUGUCAGAUUCCUUUAUUAUCUGGCCUGCUUUAUCCAGCAAAACGGCUAACGGCAUUAUCCUUUCAUUACGUUAAGCCUUCGAGCGGAACUAUUCUAUUAUUUAUCACCUUAUCAACAAACAUUACGACCGUUUCUACGACCAGCUUUGUGUUGUUGCUAUCAGAAAAUACGUCGUUGAUGGAAAAAAAAAAACAGUAAAAUACAUCUCACAUCAGGUAUGACACUUUUCAGGUAUUUUAUUGUCAAGUAAUAAGACUAUUUUGGCCAAGUGUGAGUUUAUUAUUAGAUUCAGGAGAUAUAAUAGCGAGUUAUUCUAGCAAAUGCGCUAAGGCGGCCCAGAGCUGAAUGCAAAUGCACUUAUAAUUCAGUACAUUCCUCAUACCUCCUUUAAUUUUAUACUUUAAGUACAUUUUAGGUAUGUUUCAUCUUUGGCAACUUUGUCCUGACUUAAAUAUUUCACUGCUACAAUUUACGAGGAAUAUAUCGAAAGGUUUCACCUAUUUCAUUAAGUAAAAUGAUUCUAUACAAACUUUGUAUAGAAUAGAUAGAACAGAUAAAGCAGUCAGUAGCUUUUUUGGGCGAGACAUGCCAGUGAUUAAAAUACUCGAGUGUACGAUAUACUGUAUUUUUGUUUUGACUGUGCAGGUCAGCGGUCUAUACAGAUGCAACAGAGUAUCCUAUGUGCGAGCCCUCCUGAAAGUUGUGUGACAUUCCUAUUUUGUGACAUCUUUCUUCUGCCAGGUGGCACAUUGGUGGAUUAUUCGUGACUGAAUACUGUGACAUUGCGUCACGCUUUAACCACUCGUGACAAGUUGCGUUACACUUUGCAUGAUCAGCGCUAUGAAAGAAACCUGGCGAGAGUUUGCAUCUAAUACGACUCUACAUGGAUUGCGUUACGCUGUUGGAGUGUGUGACAUCCGACGCCGGUCGCUAUGGAUACUUUGCUUGCUGGCGUGCGCCGCGUCAUACCUAUAUAUGGUGAUAAUCAGUUUCGGUACAUACAUUGAUAGGCCGAUCCGUACCGAGGUAUCCCACGAGUUCCCUAAGGACGGCCUCGACUUUCCCGUGGUGACCAUAUGUAACUUGAACUACUUCGUCAAGUCAAAAAUAGACACCGGUUACGAAGAUGAAGCAUUCUUUACAAGAAACCUUAACAUGUCCGUCUGCGGGAUAAUACGGGGAGUCAGCGGUAAUCUUACAUGCGGACAGGCGCUGCUGUGCGCGUAUGAAACGUUUGGGUCGAGUGUGGUCGAUGGCUGUGAUGACGUCAUAAGGUCGCGUGUCAUCGCCGCGGUAAACUCGUCUAAUCGGCCUUUCGACACUGAGGAGUUCAUGACUCGUUAUGGUCAUGACUUCGCUCCAAUGCUCAUGGGAUAUUGUGCAUUCUCCGUCAAUGAAAACUGCGAUAUCAAUGACUGGUCUCCUCACAUCACCCCGGGCGGGAUGUGCUAUACUUUCUCUAAAGCAAAUCAGCGUAAAGUGUAUUUCUUGGGGGGAGAGGGUGGGUUGAGUAUAAUCCUUGAUGCUCAGAUUUCGGAGCACACUUUUGGGGAUUUCUCCACGGGGUUCCGCGUGAUUCUCUCAGCACGUGGUACAUACAUCAACCGGGCACGUGGAUUCAACGUGUUUCCGGGUUCACAUGCACUCGUCGCAGUUACACCUAAGAAGUUUGAGCGACUACCAGCGCCGUACAGAACAAACUGCUCAGACAGAUUCCUACCGGGGUAUGGGAAGUACACUAAGGACGCUUGUUACACGCAGUGCAUCAACAAUGCCACCAUGACCGACUGUGGCUGUCGUCUUCCUUCUCAACACGCUAAAUUCAAUAAUCUCCCGAAGUGUUCCAUCCAGGACCAGGAAUGUAGGGCGGCAGCUAGUGUUCGUGUCCGGUCAACUCUCUGCGACUGCACAGUCCCGUGCAAAGAACAAAUCUACGAACCACGUGUUUCCUACUCCAAGUUUCCGGAUAUUACCAUCACGAAAAUCCUAACCAAUCACUUCAAGCUCAACAAAAGUGCAAGUUAUCUUCGGGACAGUUUGGUGUUCCUUCAGAUCGGCUUUGAAGAGCUGGCUUAUCAGGUCGAUAGACAGGCACCAUCUUAUGGACCGGGAAAUCUAUUUGGUGAUCUAGGGGGCAACAUGGGACUGAUGCUCGGCUGCAGUAUUCUGACGUUGAUCGAAUUCAUUGACUUCCUUUGGAUCGCACUGAAGUCCAGUCUUAACAAAUCAAAGAGGACGGCCACAAAUGACUGUGGAUUCUCGCAAGGGACUGGCACUAGCAAUCAAGAUGCGAACAAUGUUGGACUGGACAUGCAUGUGAAAACCUAAAAGGCUUUUGUUAGCUCGCAAAAUUGAAUCAUGUGGAAAGUAUAACAGGGUGGGUAGGACAGUUAGAGCAACGACAAAGCCAAACUUAAGUUAAUAAAAAUGAAUAUCUUCACACCGUCCAAAAUUGUUCAGAAUUGUGAUGUAUUCAAGAUAAAAACGCUUCACUGGAGGAAUAGUUAUUUGACUAAGAAGCGAAUAUUGCUAUGUUGCCUGAUAAUCGGUCGUGUGGUGCCCGAGCAACAACAAGGCAAAAUCAACCAGCUGAGGAGAGAAUAGGUCUUCAGUACUUUGGAAUACAUUCCCGUGGACUCCAUACUACUGCAUCACCAGAGAUAGGAAAAAGGAUCAGCACCUUUUCCUAUUUUUUCUGCCAAUGUGUUGAUUUUUCUACCAAAAAAAAAUAAUGAUAAUUUGAUUUGAAAUGACA